UUAACGAAAUCCACCCGUGAAGUUGUUCGUUCCUACGUGUUUUCAAGCGCAGUGGAAUUAAAGAUAUUUGAAAUUUGUUUAUAAGUUUAAUUAGAAUUUUGUGAAGGAAUAAUUUGUUGGAUUUAUUUCGCGUAUGUUUAAAUCAUUGUGGUUGUGUGGAACAUUUUAUAAUUUUUUAAGUGCGUAAUCGUUGUAUUAAAAAAGUGUCGAGAUAAUAUUGAUCAAUACUGAAAUAAUAUAAAAAAGAGUAUUAAAAAAUGGCUGAAGAAAUUGAUCGCAACGAUCCUGAGUUGAAAUAUCUUUCCGUCGAACGGAGCCAGUUUAAUGAUCCGGCAACACAGGCCGAGUGGACACAGAAACGUCUUGUGUGGGUGCCACAUGAGAAUCAGGGGUUUGUUGCUGCAAGCAUUAAACGCGAACAUGGCGACGAAGUUGAAGUGGAGCUUGCCGAAACUGGUAAAAGAAUGAUGGUUCUGCGUGAUGAUAUUCAAAAGAUGAAUCCUCCAAAAUUUGACAAGGUCGAAGAUAUGGCGGAGCUGACCUGUCUAAACGAAGCCUCAGUUUUGCACAACAUCAAAGACAGAUACUAUUCUGGCUUAAUUUACACUUAUUCUGGUCUCUUCUGUGUUGUAGUGAACCCUUACAAAAAAUUGCCAAUCUACACUGAGAAGAUAAUGGAACGGUAUAAGGGUAUCAAAAGGCAUGAAGUGCCUCCUCAUGUUUUCGCAAUAACUGACACAGCCUAUAGAUCCAUGUUGCAAGAUCGCGAAGACCAAUCGAUUUUAUGUACUGGCGAAUCUGGUGCUGGAAAAACUGAGAAUACGAAAAAGGUCAUACAGUAUUUAGCGUAUGUGGCUGCAUCGAAACCGAAAGGCUCGGGAGCGGGACCUCAUCCGGCUUUAAUUAUUAAUUUACAAGUUAAUAUGAAGAAAACGUUUAAAAUCAAAUGUAAUCUCGACGGUAUGUCAGAUUCGUUUUCUGUUAAGCAUAAAAAUCAAAAUGAAGUUGCGAAAUUGUGCGAAAAUACAGGAUGCAGAUGUAUGGGUGAACUGGAGCAACAACUUUUGCAAGCCAAUCCCAUUUUGGAAGCUUUCGGAAACGCCAAAACUGUGAAGAACGAUAAUUCAUCCCGUUUUGGUAAAUUUAUUCGCAUAAACUUUGAUGCGUCUGGCUACAUUUCGGGUGCGAAUAUUGAAACAUAUUUGCUGGAGAAAUCUCGUGCCAUUCGUCAAGCCAAGGAUGAACGAACCUUCCAUAUAUUUUAUCAAUUACUUGCCGGCGCUUCUCAUGAACAACGUGAUAAAUUCAUACUCGAUGACAUUAAAUCAUAUCCAUUCCUAUCUAAUGGCAGUUUGCCUGUACCCGGUGUAGACGAUUUUGCAGAGUUCCAGGCGACCGUUAAGUCAAUGAACAUCAUGGGGAUGACCAGCGACGACUUCAAUUCCAUUUUCCGUAUAGUGAGCGCUGUGCUAUUAUUUGGUUGCAUGAAAUUCCGACAGGAGCGUAAUAAUGAUCAAGCAACGCUUCCUGAUAACACGGUGGCUCAGAAGAUUGCUCAUUUGCUUGGUUUGAGCGUAACAGAUAUGACGAGAGCCUUUCUAACGCCUCGAAUUAAGGUGGGCCGUGAUUUCGUUACAAAAGCCCAAACUAAGGAGCAGGUGGAAUUCGCAGUGGAAGCCAUUGCUAAGGCAUGCUACGAACGGAUGUUUAAAUGGUUAGUGAACCGCAUUAAUAGGUCGUUGGAUCGUACCAAGCGUCAAGGUGCAUCGUUUAUAGGAAUCCUUGAUAUGGCUGGUUUUGAGAUAUUUGAACUGAACUCAUUCGAACAACUCUGCAUUAAUUACACCAAUGAAAAAUUGCAACAACUCUUCAAUCACACUAUGUUCAUUUUGGAACAGGAAGAAUAUCAGCGCGAAGGUAUCGAAUGGAAAUUCAUCGAUUUCGGUCUUGAUCUUCAGCCAACUAUUGAUUUAAUCGACAAACCUGGUGGUAUAAUGGCUUUGUUGGACGAAGAAUGCUGGUUCCCAAAGGCAACGGAUAAAACGUUUGUAGACAAACUUGUCUCAGCUCACUCAAUGCAUCCGAAGUUCUUGAAAACCGAUUUUCGUGGUGUUGCGGAUUUCGCUAUUGUUCACUAUGCCGGCAAAGUAGAUUAUUCGGCAGCGAAAUGGCUGAUGAAGAAUAUGGAUCCAUUAAAUGAAAAUAUUGUGUCGCUGUUGCAAGCCUCGCAGGAUCCAUUCGUUGUGAAUAUCUGGAAGGAUGCUGAAAUAGUGGGUAUGGCCCAGCAAGCUUUAACCGACACUCAAUUCGGUGCUCGCACUCGCAAAGGAAUGUUCCGAACUGUAUCUCAUUUGUAUAAAGAACAACUAGCUAAAUUAAUGGACACCUUGCGGAACACAAAUCCAAACUUUGUACGUUGCAUUAUUCCAAACCACGAAAAACGUGCUGGUAAAAUAGAUGCACCCUUGGUGCUGGAUCAGUUGCGUUGCAAUGGUGUAUUAGAAGGCAUUCGCAUUUGCCGACAGGGCUUCCCUAAUCGUAUACCCUUCCAAGAGUUCCGUCAACGCUACGAGCUACUUACCCCAAAUGUUAUACCCAAAGGUUUCAUGGACGGUAAGAAGGCAUGUGAGAAAAUGAUUCAGGCUUUAGAACUGGAUACGAAUCUCUUCCGUGUCGGCCAAUCGAAAAUCUUCUUCAGAGCUGGUGUGUUGGCUCAUCUUGAAGAGGAACGCGAUUACAAAAUUACAGAUUUGAUUGUGAACUUCCAAGCAUUCUGUCGUGGCUAUCUGGCUCGUCGCAACUACCAGAAACGGCUACAACAAUUAAACGCUAUUCGUAUAAUACAAAGAAAUUGUGCUGCUUACCUGAAGCUACGCAAUUGGCAGUGGUGGCGUUUAUACACAAAAGUAAAGCCUUUACUUGAAGUAACUAAGCAAGAAGAGAAACUUGUACAAAAGGAGGAUGAACUGAAACAGGUGCGUGAAAAGCUGGAUGUUUUGGCGAAAAGUACGCAGGAAUAUGAACGAAAAUACCAACAAGCGCUCGAAGAAAAGACCACAUUAGCUGAACAAUUGCAAGCUGAAAUUGAGCUGUGUGCCGAGGCUGAGGAGUCACGUUCUCGAUUGAUGGCUCGCAAGCAGGAGUUGGAAGAUAUGAUGCAAGAAUUGGAAACGCGUAUUGAGGAGGAAGAAGAACGAUCUCUUGCGCUUGGUGCGGAUAAAAAGAAGUUAGAGUUGAACAUUCAAGACCUUGAAGAGCAAUUGGAGGAGGAAGAAGCAGCUCGACAGAAAUUGCAACUAGAGAAAGUGCAGUUAGAUGCCAAGAUCAAGAAAUACGAAGAAGAUUUAGCUGUUACGGAUGAUCAAAAUCAAAAAUUGAUAAAAGAAAAGAAAAUACUGGAAGAGCGUGCUAACGACCUCUCGCAAACAUUGGCCGAGGAGGAGGAGAAAGCAAAGCAUUUAAGUAAACUAAAGGCAAAACAUGAAGCUACAAUAGCUGAAUUAGAAGAGCGCAUGCAUAAGGACCAGCAACAACGGCAAGAAUCCGAUCGUACGAAGCGUAAAAUUGAAACGGAAGUGGCAGAUUUGAAAGAGCAAUUAAAUGAACGCCGCAUGCAAGUUGAAGACAUGCAAGCGCAAUUGGCGAAACGUGAGGAAGAACUGACGCAAACGCUAAUGCGUAUCGAUGAGGAAUCCGCAACUAAAGCCACCGCUCAAAAAGCGCAGCGCGAACUAGAAUCGCAGUUGGCUGAAAUUCAAGAAGAUUUGGAGGCAGAGAAGGCGGCACGAGCGAAAGCAGAAAAGAUACGCCGAGAUCUCGGGGAAGAGCUGGAGGCGCUGAAAAAUGAACUUCUGGACUCCUUGGAUACAACAGCCGCCCAACAGGAACUCCGUUCAAAGCGUGAACAAGAGUUGGCAACUCUAAAGAAAUCGUUGGAAGAAGAGGCAGUGAAUCAUGAAUCGCUAUUGGCUGAAAUGCGACACAAACAUUCUCAGGAAUUGAAUGUUAUCAAUGAUCAACUGGAGAAUCUACGGAAAGCAAAAACUGUGCUUGAGAAAGCGAAGGGUGCCUUGGAGGCGGAAAAUGCAGAUUUGGCUACGGAAUUGCGCAGCGUCAACAGUUCAAGACAGGAGAACGAUCGUCGCCGAAAGCAGGCAGAAUCACAAAUUGCAGAGCUGCAGGUGAAACUAGCUGAAAUCGAGCGUGCACGGUCAGAACUCCAAGAGAAAUGUACAAAACUGCAGCAGGAGACAGAAAACAUAACGAAUCAGUUGGAAGAGGCCGAAUUGAAAGCAUCAGCUGCUGUGAAAUCCGCUAGUAAUAUGGAGUCCCAAUUGACAGAAGCGCAACAGCUACUCGAAGAAGAGACUCGACAGAAGUUAUCACUGAGCUCAAAGCUGAGACAGCUCGAAUCUGAAAAGGAGGCGUUGCAAGAACAGCUGGAAGAAGAUGAAGAAGCGAAACGGAACUAUGAACGAAAGUUAGCUGAGGUAACAGCACAAAUGCAGGAUAUUAAAAAGAAGGCCGAGGAGGAUGCAGAUCUCGCUAAAGAACUAGAAGAGGGCAAGAAGCGUCUGAACAAAGAAAUUGAAGCUCUGGAGAGGCAAGUAAAAGAGUUGAUUGCGCAAAAUGAUCGUUUGGAUAAGAGUAAAAAGAAAAUACAAUCGGAGCUUGAGGACACAACUAUUGAGUUAGAAGCACAGCGUACGAAGGUGCUUGAGUUGGAGAAAAAGCAAAAGAAUUUCGAUAAAAUUCUUGCUGAGGAAAAGGCCAUAUCGGAGCAGAUAGCUCAGGAGCGCGACACUGCGGAGCGAGAAGCGCGUGAAAAAGAGACCAAGGUGCUUUCACUAACCCGUGAAUUAGAUGAAGCUUACGAUAAAAUCGAGGAUCUUGAGAAUAAAAGAAAAGUGCUGCAAAAUGAGCUUGAUGAUUUGGCCAAUACACAAGGCACUGCCGAUAAGAAUGUGCACGAGUUGGAAAAGGCUAAGCGUGCACUGGAGUCGCAGUUGGCGGAAUUGAAGGCCCAAAACGAAGAAUUGGAAGACGAUUUGCAAUUGACGGAAGAUGCCAAACUCCGUCUGGAGGUGAAUAUGCAGGCGUUGCGCUCACAAUUCGAACGUGAUUUGCAAGCGAAAGAUGAACAGGCCGAAGAGAAGCGUCGUGGUCUUGUUAAACAGCUACGUGACUUGGAGGCCGAGUUGGAUGAGGAGCGAAAACAACGCACCGCGGCUGUGGCAGCGAAGAAGAAGCUCGAGGGUGAUCUGAAAGAGAUCGAAACAACUAUGGAAAUGCAUAACAAAGUGAAAGAGGACGCUUUGAAACAUGCCAAAAAACUGCAAACCCAAGUUAAAGAUGCUCUUCGUGAUGCUGAAGAAGCUAAAGCUGCAAAGGAAGAAUUGCAAGCCGCAAGCAAAGAAGCUGAACGCAAGGUGAAGGCCCUAGAAGCUGAAGUAAUGCAGUUGACUGAAGAUUUAGCUAGUUCUGAAAGAGCUCGUCGUUCUGCGGAAACGGAACGUGAUGAGCUCGCAGAGGAAAUUGCCAACAAUGCCAGCAAGGGUUCCCUCAUGAUUGAUGAGAAGCGUCGCUUAGAGGCGCGAAUUGCCACAUUGGAAGAAGAGUUAGAGGAAGAACAAUCUAAUUCAGAAGUGCUAUUAGAUCGCAGUCGCAAAGCGCAACUAUCAAUAGAACAACUUUCGACAGAGUUGGCCAAUGAGAAAUCGAAUUCCCAAAAGAACGAAAAUACACGUGCGUUACUCGAGCGACAAAACAAAGAACUUAAAGCCAAGCUUACCGAGAUUGAAACGGCGCAGCGCACUAAAGUAAAGGCUACAAUUGCAACCCUGGAAGCGAAGAUAACCAACCUUGAGGAACAGUUAGAAAAUGAGGGCAAGGAACGUCUCCUGCAGCAAAAAGCUAACCGCAAAAUGGAUAAGAAAGUAAAGGAACUUACAAUGAAUAUCGAAGACGAACGUCGUCAUGCCGAUCAAUACAAGGAGCAAAUCGAUAAGCUUAAUAGCCGUAUGAAAUUACUUAAACGAAACUUGGAUGAAACCGAAGAAGAGUUGCAGAAAGAAAAAACGCAGAAACGUAAAUACCAACGCGAGUGUGAAGACAUGAUUGAAAGCCAAGAAGCAAUGAAUCGUGAGAUCAACUCUUUGAAAACCAAGUUGAGGCGAACUGGUGGGGGUUUAGUAUUGAGUUCGAGUAGAUUAACUGGCACGCCAUCAUCGUCAAAACGGGGCGAUGAUAGUUCCUCGGUGCAAGAUGAAUCCUUAGACGGUGAAGAUUCGGGCAAUUAACGCAUUAAUUAAAAUGAAAUUUUUAAUGGAAUGAAUAUACGAAACAUAUUUCAAUUUCUGUCAUUUCUUACAAAAUCAAACACUCCAUUUUUUCGCCGACAAUCGUUCGUUAGCAGCAACUUAAAUAUGGAACUUAUCGAAAAAGAGCACUUCACCCUUACAUAAAUUCAAAAAUAUGCAUAAACACAUCGAAAAUAUCAAAUCGAUUACCGAUUAGACGCAUUUGUACACUUUUUAUACGUCAACGUGACUUUUAUACAUUUCCUUUUAAGCAUAUAUGUACGUACAAUUAGCGAUCAUACAUAACCAUUCACAUAAAAACAAUGCAAGCCAAGCCACGAGCCACACCGAAACAUAAAUUCAUAAAAAAUUAUACACUACGAAAUUGAUGAUGGAGCUGAUGAGCCUACAAACGAGUAUUUGAGUAUUUACGGGAAAUUGCAUUUAUACGAUUAAGAGAAAAAUAAAGUUAUAAAAAUAUGGUAACACGGGAAAUAUAAUAUUUAUUGGCACGUAAUGACCUCUGUACACGGCACGGUGUGCAUUCGUUAUAAGCAUUGCGAUUUUUCCGAGUACUUCAAUUGGUCAAAUGUAACUAUUAUUUUAGGAACAGAGUGAGCAGAAUAAAUAAUCAAAAUAUUUCACAUGGUA